AUGUCAUUUGUUAUAGAACUUUGGGAGUCGAUAUUUACUCCAGGAACAAGUCCUGCUCUCAUUAAGGCUACUCAUGCAUCAUUUAUACUGUUGAUUAUAUCAUUAGUUGUCUUAAUCUUUCUUACAAAAUCAAUUCAUUUCUUUAAUUUAUUAGUCAUAGCCAUAUUACUUUAUGGUACUGUAAUUUGGUUUAUUAAUGAAUUAAAAACUGCGAAAUUAAAGGAUAAUAAACAAUUAGAAAGUGAAAGUAAUGAGAAAGUAGAAGAAGAGAAAACUGAAAUAGCAACUUCUUCAAGUGUACCAGAAUCCACUCCUAUUAAGAAGAGAAAAGUUUAA